GGCACCCACCCACCCUCGGGAGCAUCGACCGCCCUCCGUCCAGGCGAGGCCGCCAGGGUUUCCUCCUCUCCCCUCCCCUCCCGGGGCCGCCGCAGGGUUAACUGCCUGUGCUUGCGUAAUGGAAGAUCCAUCAAGCGAUAGUGGGCAAUCAACAAACGGCGCUGAGCCUGAGCUGGACCCCAUGGAAUUGUAUGACAAUGAAGAGAGCAGAUCCCAUACUGUGGAUGAUUCAAAUGGACAGUCUUCUAUGGAUGUUGACAGAAAACAGCUUUCUGUGGAUGCUGAUAUGAAUGGGAAACCAUCCUUGGAUGGUGAUGGUAAGGGAAAGUACUCCGAGUCACAUGCAGAAGUUCCAAUUGACAUGAGCUUGGGAAGCCUAGAGAGGUUCUGCAAGGAAGCAUCAAGGUCAUUUUUUGAUGAGGUUGGUCUGAUUAGCCAUCAGAUAAAUUCCUACAACGAGUUUGUCUCGCAUGGGCUCCAGGAGCUAUUUGAUUCGCUUGGAGAAGUGACUGUCGAGCCAGGUUAUGAUUCCUCAAAGAAAGGAACUGUUGGUGGUUGGAGGCGUGCCGUCAUCAGGUUUGGCAGAGUGAAACUGGAAAAGCCUGUAUUUUGGUCUGGCAAAGAUGAUAUUGAUGAGGAGUCACUUAAGCUGAAGCCUAGACAUGCUCGCCUCCAAAAUAUGACAUAUUCCUCCAAAAUGGAAGUAGAAGUGCAUAUUCAGAUUUAUUCUAUGGAGAAAAGUGACAAGUCUAAAACAGAGAAUGAUGUUUUUGGUCACAAGAGGGUUCUUAUGGAUGAAACUCAUCUGGUGUCUAUUGGCCGCCUUCCAGUCAUGGUUAAUUCAAAUUUAUGCUGGUUGCAUGAACUCAAGGAAAGUGACUGCCUUUUUGAUUCUGGUGGAUACUUUUUGAUCAGGGGAAUGGAGAAGAUAUUCAUCGCCCAAGAGCAAAGAUGCUUGACCAGGAUUUGGGUUGCUGACCGGCCUGUCUGGACUGUUUCUUAUUUGUCUGAAAUCAAACGAAGACGCAUAUAUGUGAAGCUGAUUGAUUCUACAAAGAAUGAUGAUUUCAGUGGCAGCAAAAUCAUUUCCAUUUCCUUCUUGUAUGCCAAUCUGCCGAUUUGGUUAAUGUUUUUUGCGCUAGGCAUACCAUCUGAUAAGGAAGCAUUUGAUAUGAUAGAUAUGGGAGACUGUGAUGCUUCUGUUAUCAACGCGAUAUCUGCAACUAUUAGGGAAUCUGAUGAACUGUGUGAAGGCUUUCGUAAGUCUGAUAAAGCCCGCCAGUGUGUUGAUGAUUUGGUCAAGAGUUCAAAAUUUCCUCCAGGAGAGUCGUUUGAUGAUUAUGUCGAUAAAUAUCUCUUUCCUGGUAUAAAGGGGAAUAGGAAUAAAGCUUUUUUCUUAGGUUACAUGGUCAAAUGCCUUCUAAUGGCCUUUACUGGGAAGCGCAGAUGUGAUAAUAAGGAUGAUUUCAGGAACAAGAGGCUGGAGCUACCUGGUCAACUGCUUGGAAGAGAACUUCGGGCGCAACUUAGGCAUGCAGAGAGGCUCAUGGUUAAGGCCAUGCAGAGGGAUAUGAACAGUGAUCGUGAUCUAGAAUUUCCAGCGCGCUAUCUUGAUGCUUCAAUUAUUACCAAUGGUAUAAUUCGUGCCUUCGCUACUGGUUCUUGGUGCCACCCCUACAAAAGAAACGAAAGAUGCUCAGGAAUUGUUGCAACGCUCAGGAGAACAAAUCCUCUCCAAAUGAUGUCAGACUUGAGGAAAAGUCGCCAGCAGGUUGCUUAUGCUGGGAAAGCUGGUGAUGCAAGAUAUCCCAAUCCAUCUUACUGGGGAAAGAUGUGUUUUAUGUCCACUCCUGAUGGUGAAAACUGUGGACUUGUGAAAAAUUUAGCUGUUACUGCUAUUGUUAGCUCUAGAGUGGCACAACCAUUGAUUGACAGAUUUGUUUCUUGUGGAAUGAAUAAACUGGAUGAAAUUCCUGCUAAGGAGAUUCCCAAAAUGGACAAGAUCUUCCUGAAUGGUGAUUGGGUAGGAUCCUGUGCUGACCCAGCUUCAUUUGUCAUGCGUUUAAGGUGCAUGAGACGUGGUGGUCUGAUUGAUCCACAGGUUGAAAUCAAAAGGGACAAGCAUCAAUCUCCUGGAGAAGUACGGGUGUUUUCUGAUGCAGGGCGAUUACUCAGACCUCUUCUUGUGGUUGAGAACCUAAAUAAAAUUACAAAACGGAAGGGCUGUCCAUACUCUUUUCAGGCACUAAUGCAGCAAGAAAUUAUUGAGUUCAUUGGUGUUGAAGAGGAGGAAGAUAUACAAUGUGCCUGGGGAAUCAGGCACCUAUUUCAGAGCAGUGGAGAGGAGGUUUCUGGUUAUACUCACUGUGAGCUGGAUCUUUCUUUUCUGUUGGGAUUAAGCUGUAGUCUUAUCCCUUUUGCAAAUCAUAAUUUUGCACGGAGGGUGCUGUACCAGGCAGAAAAACACUCACAGCAAGCUAUUGGAUACUCCACAACAAAUCCACGUACCAGAGUUGAUACUCUUUCCCAUCAGCUUUUCUACCCUCAGAGACCCCUUUUUAAAACAGUUUCAGCUGAUUGUAUUGGCAGAUCAGAUUAUACUUUUGGAAGAAAAGACGACUUUGCCAGGCCUGAAUAUUUCAAUGGACAAAAUGCGAUAGUAGCAGUCAAUAUUCAUCAGGGAUUUAACCAAGAGGACUCCCUGGUUAUGAAUAGAGCUUCUCUUGAACGUGGUAUGUUUAGAACUGAGCUCAUGCGGAGCUAUAAGGCAGAAGUAGAGACCAAAGGGCCCAGCAAACGACUGAAAAUGAAGGAGAAAGUAAACUUCGGCAAAAUGGAAAGCAAGAGAGGACGAGUUGACAAUCUUGAUGAUGAUGGAUUACCUUAUGUGGGUUCAAGUCUUCAGAUUGGUGACAUUAUAAUUGGGAAAGUGUCAGAAUCUGGUGAAGACCAUAGUAUUAAGCUGAAGCAUACAGAGAAGGGAAUGGUCCAGAGAGUAUUGCUUUCAGCCAAUGAUGAGGGGAAGCAUUUUGCUGUUGUAUCUUUAAGACAGGUUCGAUCACCUUGUGUUGGAGAUAAAUUUUCUAGCAUGCAUGGACAAAAAGGUGUUGUUGGUUUUCUAGAAUCUCAGGAGAACUUCCCUUUUACCUGCCAAGGAAUAGUUCCAGACAUCGUGAUAAAUCCACACGCCUUUCCUACCCGUCAAACUCCAGGCCAGCUGCUUGAAGCUGCUUUGGGGAAGGGAAUCGCUCUUGGUGGUAAAAUCAGAUAUGCAACACCAUUCACCACAGCAACAGUUGAAGUGAUCUCGGAACAGUUGCACAAGCUUGGGUUUUCAAGAGGGGGAGUUGAAAGUGUUCUCAAUGGCCAAACCGGCAAAAGGAUGCAGUCACUGAUCUUCGCGGGCCCCAACUUCUACCAGAGGCUGAUCCACAUGGCUGAGGACAAGGUGAAGUUCCGGAACACGGGGCCGGUGCACCCGCUCACGAGGCAGCCGGUCGCGGACCGCAAGAGGUUCGGCGGGGUCAAGUUUGGGGAGAUGGAGCGCGACUGCCUGCUGGCCCACGGCGCGGCCGCCAACCUCCACGAGCGGCUCUUCACGCUGAGCGACUUCUCGGAGAUGCGCAUCUGCCAGACGUGUGAGCGUGCGGCGAACGUGAUCAUGCGGCCCGUCUCUGGCGGUCGGAAGAUCCGGGGCCCCUACUGCGGGUUCUGCCGGUCCUCGGAGAAGAUCGUCAAGAUCGCCGUCCCCUACGGCGCCAAGCUGCUCUACCAGGAGCUCUUCAGCAUGGGCAUCUGCCUCAAGUUCCAGACGGAGGUCUGCUAGACUUAGGUCUUCAGCAUGGGCUGGUCUGGCGUGUAUAUAGUUUAUCCAUCUAUGGUUAUGGUUAUGGACACGUGGUAAGUUUAACUGUGGUCAUGGUCAUGGACAUGUAGUAGGUAGCUAUGUGAAACUCCUUGUGAGGAUGGCGUUUGCGUAGCUUGGACGGGUUUGUUCCUAUGGAGCGAAGCUGCUCCUGCAGUGCAGGAUAUAUCUUGUGCCGAUGGCAUCUGCCUCUGGUCUGAGAAGAAAUUCUGUUGAAACACUGUAGUAGCUCGGGGUUAGCUGAACCUGUUUCACUCUGCCCCCCCCUGGAAUGAACCGAAUUAGCUUAUGGCA